AUGACAACUUCAGCUGCUCCCUCCAACGGCCCCCACCACCAAAAUGUCGUUCCUUCAGAAGUCGGAUGGCAGUUUGUUCCUCAGUACUACACCUUUGUCAACAAGGAACCCCAUCGUCUGCAUUGUUUCUACAACAAAACUUCGACUUUUAUCCAUGGCACAGAGGGCGAAGAGGUGAAGCCUUGCUUCGGUCAACAGGAGAUCCACAAGAAGAUCACUUCGAUUGGAUUCCAGGACUGCAAGGUCUUCAUCCACUCGGUCGACGCCCAGUCCUCUGCAAAUGGCGGCAUUAUCAUCCAGGUCAUCGGCGAGAUGUCCAACCGUAAUGAGCCAUGGCGCAAGUUCGUCCAAACAUUCUUCUUGGCCGAACAGCCCAAUGGCUACUUUGUCCUCAACGACAUCUUCCGUUUCUUGAAGGAGGAAUCUGUUGAGGGCGAUGAGUUGAGCGAAACCGGCGAGGCGGCCGAGGCUGCUCCUGCUGCCGCCCCCGAGCCCGCUCCCGCCGCUGCCGAACCUGUCUACGAACCUCCUCGUGAGCCCACACCACCUCCAGCUCCCGCCCCCGAGCCCGUUGCCGCUGCUCCCGAGCCUCCCAAGGAAGCCGCUGAACCUACCCCGGCCCCGGUUGCCGAGCCACCGGCCGCUGCUCCCACUGUCCACCUUCCUCAAUCCAAUGGCGUCCCUGCUGCCGAGGCAGAGAAGCCCGCCGCCCCCGCCGUCGCCGAGAAAUCGCGCGAACCCACUCCUGCCCCUCAACAACAGCAACAGCCCGCCGCUCCUUCUCCCGCUCCCCCAGCUGCACCACCCGCCGCUUCCACCUCCGCCGCUCCUCCCGCUCCCGCUGCCCAACCAGCACCCGCACCUCCUGCUCAACCCGCAGCUCCACCUGCUCCCAAGACCUGGGCUUCCCUCGCUGCUUCCAACCCGAAGAAGUGGGGCUCCGUGGCGCAGGAGGCUCGAGGCAUCACUGAGACGCCUGCCAGCCCCGCUCCGAGCAGCGGUACCCAGACUCCCUCUGGCCAACCCCAGAACAGAGGCCCUCCCAGACACGAACACCCCGCCCUCCUCGCAGCUCAGAGCGUCACCACUCCCCAUUGCUUCAUCAAGGGUGUAACUGAACCCAUCACCGACGCCGCCCUCAAGAACACCCUCAGCCGCUUCGGACCAAUCAAGGAGGUUGACAUCGUCCGCACCAAAGCCUGCGCCUUCCUCGAAUUCCAAUCUGUUGACUCCGCCAAACGCGCCAUCAUCGCCAGCUUGAACCAGAACCAGGGCGGUGAGGGUGGUGUUUACAUCGAGACUGCUGAAGGGCAUGUACGGAUCUUCGUCGAGACCAAGAAGGAUCGAGGUGACAGGCCUCCUGCGACCGGUGGUCGCGGCCGUGGUGGACCCCCUGUAAACGCUGACGGACGAGGAAGUGGAUUCCGUGGAGGGCGUGGCGGCCCUAGGGGCGGAGGACGUGGUGGUCCCGCCAAGUAA